CAGGUUUCGGAGCAGCGCAGAGGCAUUAUCCCUACGUUGUCUGCGGGGCGUUUGGGACGGAUCUGCAGGAUUCAGCCGCAGCACUUGUUGGGGACCUAUAGUAUGAGAACUUCCAUUCCAGCUCCUUUGAUUUCUUUCAUUCUCAUAUUUGAUCAUUUUCUUAAUUUUGACCAUCCGACCUCAUUGUUUCGCCCUUCUCAUUUUUCUGCUGCUGUCACCCACAGUUUGUUGCUCACCACCACCAGCAGCAGCACCACCAGCUGAAAGGGGAAUAUCUCACCAUUCCACCACCAGCCAUCACUGUCCUUUUCUCCGCUGCAGAUCUGGAUUUUUUGGCGUGCACUGCUGGACUAUAACGCAGGGGAUUUAUAUUUAUAUUGAUUUCCAUCUGCCGCCCGGCCCACAGCGGACACCAACACUUUUUCUCUCUGAGGGAUGUAUUACAGCGGGGUGAAGUCUGCGCUCUAAACAGGGGAGAAUACAAACCCACUGUAAGCUGAAUGAACUACUGCCGUGCGCCUUUUGGUUUUUGGAGCAGGUCUCCCAUCUGGAGAUGCUCUAGUACGUCUGAUCGCGGUUUGUGGUCAAUGCGCAUCCCCACUGGAUCGGGAUAUAAGGUGAAGAAAUUGCCGCGGUCAGCCUUUUCUGGAGCGCUUGUCCCCUGAUUUAUUUUUGUGGACAUAUUUGGUUAUUUUGAGAAAGAUUGUGCACCCACCCGGAGGCGCGCAAGCUAACCAUGGGGGACUCUAUGUGGAGAUAUUAUUUUGGAGUUUUGUUUAUUGCCUUCAAAGUGGACUUGUGCCGGGCGCUCAUCCUGGAGUCCAUCUACUGGAACACAACAAAUACCAAAUUCGUGCCAGGCCAAGGAGUGGUAUUGUACCCCCAGAUCGGGGAUAAGUUGGACAUUGUGUGCCCCCGCGUGGACGGUGGGGUCGGAGAUGGCGUGGAGUAUUACAAGGUAUAUAUGGUGCCUAGGGAGCAGCUGGAGAGCUGCACCAUCACCAAGGCCGACACGCCGCUCCUCAACUGCGUGAAGCCCGACCAGGAUGUCAAGUUCACCCUCAAGUUUCAGGAGUUCAGCCCCAAUCUAUGGGGCCUGGAGUUCUUCAGGGGGAAAGACUACUACAUCAUCUCUACAUCUAAUGGCACCAUGGAGGGCAUCGACAACCAGGAGGGGGGAGUGUGCAAGACCAAGUCCAUGAAGAUAAUCAUGAAAGUGGGACAAAAUCCCUCUGACCCUAUUUCACCCAAAGACAACCCCACCAGAGUACCCUACUCUCCUAAGCACUCAGAUGGCAAGGAGGCCUACAACCCAAAUGAUGUGCUGGAGAAACCAGGUGUAGCACCCAGAGAAAGCAACGACAAUGACAACGGUGGAAAGUCCUCCAGCGUCAUUGGUUCUGAGGUGGCCAUCUUUGUCGGCAUCGCUUCAGGCAGCGUCAUUUUCAUCAUCAUCAUCAUCAUGCUGGUACUGCUGUUACUCAAGUACCGGCGGCGGCACCGCAAGCACUCACCGCAGCAUGCAGCCACGCUUUCUCUAAGCACCCUAGCCACACCUAAACGGAGCGGAGGCAGUGGGAACAAUAAUGGUUCAGAGCCCAGUGACAUCAUCAUCCCGCUCAGGACUGCUGACAGCGUCUUCUGCCCACACUACGAGAAGGUCAGCGGUGACUACGGCCACCCGGUCUACAUAGUUCAGGAGAUGCCGCCUCAGAGCCCGGCCAACAUCUAUUACAAGGUCUGAGGGGGAACUUUUAAAAGCAAGAGACAAACUGGAACAAUCCCGGGCAGAGUGGGUUCUUAGUUUUGGCUGGCGGCGCCAGCACGCCUGCUGUCACUCUCGCUCUUUCUCUCUCUGUCUCUCUCUAUCGACUCCUCCUCCUCACCUCUGAUGUUUUGUCACUACUUUUUCUUUAUCAAAGUUUUGCGGAUACCUUGUCGCUCUGGUUUGGUCCCAGUCAGUGAAGACGGGAUGGGUGGAGGGCCAGAGAGAAGGCUACUGCUGCCACUGCUGCUGCUCCCUGGGGCUUUUGGGAAAAAGAGAGGACGAUCUCUAGUUUCUCCAGUGUUGCUCCUGGUCUUGUUUUGUGCACUGCAGCCAGCAUUUUGGGGGAGCUGAGUGUUGUGGGAUCAGAAAGUUAGACAGAUGCACAGCGUGUUUUUUCAUUUUCUCGUUUGGAAUGGACAGAUGUAUGGAUGAAUGGACGUGAAGGUUUACUGGCAUGGGAGGAGGGGAAAGAAUUUUUUGCCUCACCUGAAGAGAGACUACUGCUUGGAAAAAGAGAGUGAAAGAGACAAAAACGAGUGAGGAGGAGAUGUAAAGGAGAAUACAGGCUGACCAUGAACUCACAAAAUGGCUGCCCUCACUUGAUGCUGACUAGCCAGAGAGACUCUUUGGAUUUUCCAGUCAGACAAGGGAAUAGGAGAGAGAUUCUCACACCGAUCCUCUCCGGGACUUUCCUGACUGACUCACAGAGAUCACCCAUUCACCCUGCCACCCACAUGCUCACCAUCACAUAUACACACAUUCACCCACACGCACAGACACACUGUCUCACCAGUCAAUGUGAACUGUUUGGGUUUAAGUGUGGAUUACACCAUUUCUCCUCAUUGCCAGAUUUUCAGCAAAUCAUUUCUCUCAGAUGUUACUUGAAGGUUCUAAGAAAAAAAAAAUAGAUUCCCUUUUUUUGUACUGUCAACAUUUACUGAUCUUGCUUUUGGUCUUAUCUUAUCUUAUUUUCAUAUCCUGGCAUAGCUCAAACGCAGAUUUUCUUUUCCAUUAGUGACAUGUCAUAUUGUAUGUGACGUUCAAACACAAGUGACCCAACAGUGGCUAGGAGUGGCAAGACUGUGAAAAGAAAGAGUUUUUUUUGUUUUUUUUUUUUCUCAAUUUUGCGCCCUCUCGCAUGUCAGGUCUGCCCAGGAGGCUCCCGGGAAGAGUGGAGGACUUUCAUACACAUAGAGCAGCACUUUUAACCCCUUCUUGGUACCUCCACUCUUCGCAGCAGUCAGAGACACAGUGAUAGCUAGAGAUGGGAGAGCAGCUGUAUCCCGUCAGAUUUAGUAGUGAGGGCUCACCUCAACUUCUCUAGAACCUGGGCUUUGCAAACGGGAAUGUGUCAGAGGCAAUAAAAAAUCCAAUUCGCCUUACUGCCGUUUUUUUUUUCUCUCGCAGCAGAAGAAGAAGAGGCCCCAGAUGUAGUUGAGGUUAGCAUAGCUGGUUAAAACAGCUCUAGGUACUGUAAUGUUUACUCCUGGGGCUCCAAUGAUGAUUAAGGGUGCUCUAAGGGCCCAAAAUCAGUGUGACUGGUGCUCUCCUAUUCUUGUUUUUUAAAAAAAGCACAGGGACAUCCUUUUACAUUGUCACUGUUUCUCAGUCUCCAUUAGCAUUUCCAUAUUGUGAGUUUUUGAUUUACUUCUUCUUUUUUUUUUACAAAAUAGAUGUACAUUUAAAAAAGGACAUUACGAAGAUGAAAAAAAAAUGAAAUAAAAAGCAGAAUUUAUUUAUGAUAGACACAUAGAGCACAGGUGUUGUCAGGCGGUAUGGAGAAGUAAUGUUAAUAUAUUAUGGUAUAAGUGCACAUUAUGCAAUCUAGGUUUUUGAUUAUCUGAUAUCUCUCGACCCACUGAGUCCCACAUAUUCAUGAACUCUGGUCUAGAGACACAGGACUCCUGGGAAAAAUGACCAGGGGAGGGCAGCCUGGGCCUCGGCCUUGAGGGGAGUAGAGUUGUCUGACCCAAAAUAGCUCACAUUGGUGUACGCAAGGGCAGAGUAGCUGUUUCUCCCACACUCACUCAGUGUAGCAUCUCCCAAAGGAAAAUUAUCAUCAACACCCAGUGCCCCCGAUUCUCCUCAUACACACCUUUCAUGUUCUCUGUGCGUGUGUGUGUGCGUGUGUGCGUGUUGAGCAAGUCUAUAUUUCAGUAACAUCACAUUCAUUAAUAUCUUAGGCCUAGGAUCAUAAUGGUGACUUAAACUGCUCCCGGAGCAAGUUGUCAGCCCAUCGUCAACAUAGUCAUUUGUUCAUAAAGAACAUCAAAUUUCACCGAAAAGCCAAGCCUUGUAUGAUCUGAGGUUUGUGCCUCUAAGAGGCUACAAAAUCUGCAAAUAUGCAAUUCUUAUUUAUUUUUUUAAUCAAUUCUGAGAAAAAAAAAACACCUAUGGAAAAGUGUUCUUAACCACUGAAAAAUGUAACAACAAACAAAUGACACAAAACUAGCAAAGUAUGUCACACAAGCCUGCUGUUAGUUUUUAUUUCCUGCAUUAUUUGUAGUAUUAUUUUAACCUUUUCUGUUUUAACUAUGUGCCGUAGUACAAAAGGUAAACUGUGAAAAAUGAAACCAUUAAAAGCAUAUAUAUCACAUCUGAACAGGUAUUUAGAAGAAGAUGAAAAAAGACACACAUACAACAAAGAAAUGGCUGUUUAGUUGCUGUCUGUCUGCGGCAGAAUAUGACAAUCUUAUUAGUUUCUUUGAAUCUGACGUCCUUUUCUUAGCCGCCACUUGACUAAUGCUCUCACAACAUUGACCAGGUUUGGUCCAUCCUGUUAUGAAAUGACGUAGCGAUGCUGUGAGAGUCUUAGCACAAAGGCUAGGAGAAGCACCUCAGGCUACUGUAAAAUGCCUUGCUCGUAUGGUCAGCCCUUGGUCACUUGACUCAGUAAUUUUGCACCGUACUUCUGUAGGUAAGAAACUGUAAAUACAUUAAUGUUUGUAUUGUAUAUGGAUCCUGGGUUGUUACAAUAGCCUUACUCACCUUUUUAGGAAAGUAAAUGGAAAAAAAAGUACAGAAAAAAUGGAAUACACUUCAGUAAAACAGAGCAUACUACUUUUUUGGGAAAUAGCUUAUGUAAAUAUUGACCAGAACCCAAUAAAAACAUUUUUUUA